AUACUCUUUGCGUCACUUUGAGUGAGAAAACCGUUCGUGCUAAAAGCUGAAAUUUGUAAUUUAACAAUUAAUUAUUCGUUCUAUCGUUAGUUAUCAUAAAAAUAAAACUAAAAUGGAAGUAACGGAUGAAAAUUUGGCAACGUUAGCCAAUUACUUGCAGCAAACUUUAAAUCCCGACCCUAACAUAAGAAGACCCGCGGAAAAGUUUCUUGAAGGUGUGGAAGUGAACCAAAACUAUGCCAUUCUGCUGUUACAUUUGAUCGAUAAGGAUACAGUAGACCUAACUAUAAGAAUAGCAGGAGCUGUUGCUUUUAAAAACUAUAUUAAAAGAAAUUGGCCAGUGGAGGAGGAUGGUGCUGACAAUAUCCAUGCAAAUGACAGAGCAGCUAUAAAAAGUCUCAUAGUGUCACUCAUGCUGAAAUCACCAGAAGCUAUACAGCGACAAUUCAGUGAUGCUGUGUCAAUAAUUGGCAAAUAUGAUUUCCCACAAAAAUGGCCCGGUCUCAUCUCUGAAAUGGUUGAGAAGUUUGCAACAGGUGAUUUCCACGUCAUUAAUGGAGUUCUCCGUACAGCACAUUCCCUUUUCAAGAAAUAUAGAUUUGAAUUUAAAUCACAAGCAUUAUGGGAAGAGAUUAAACACGUGUUGGAUAACUUUGCAAAGCCAUUGACAGACUUAUUUGUGGCGACUAUAGAAUUAACAACAACACAUGCGAACAAUCCUCAAGCUCUGCGUGUUAUCUAUGGAUCUCUUGUUCUGAUUUGCAAAGUUUUCUAUUCAUUAAAUUAUCAAGAUUUACCAGAAUUCUUUGAGGAUAAUAUGCCGAUAUGGAUGCCUAACUUGCUCAAUUUGUUGCAAGUCAAAGUGCCUAGUCUCGAAGCUGAUACGGAUGAUGACAAGCCGGGUGUAAUGGAACAGUUACGUACAGAAGUGUGUGAAUGUGCCGCACUAUAUGCAUUGAAGUAUGAAGAAGAGUUCCAUCCACAUGCUCCGGGUUUUGUGACUGCUGUGUGGACAGUACUUCUGGCGACUGGACCGCAGGCUAAAUAUGAUGCGUUGGUAUCAAAUGCUCUUACAUUCCUCGCGAAAGUGGCUGAAAAGAAGAGAUAUCAGAACUUGUUUGAAGAUCCCGGAACACUUAGCAGCAUUUGCGAGAAAGUUGUCAUUCCCAAUAUGGAAUUUAGAGAAUCGGAUAUGGAGUUAUUCGAGGAUAAUCCCGAGGAGUAUGUGCGGCGUGACAUGGAGGGCUCUGAUGUGGAUACACGCCGGCGCGCCGCCUGUGACCUCGUGCGCACGCUGGCACAGCACUUUGAGGACAAGAUGAUGAAUAUAUUCGGACAGUAUGUACAGGUGAUGUUAGGUAAAUACCAAGAGUGUGGUGCGAGCGCGUGGCGGGGGAAGGACGCGGCGUUGUUCCUGGUGACGUCACUGGUGUCACGCGGGGGCACGCAGGCUGCUGGAGUCACUAAGGCUUCGCCCCUCGUAGACUUGGCUAGUUUUGCUGCAGGACAUGUGCUGCCGGAGCUGCAGAGAGCACCAGUGACGGAGCUACCUGUACUAAAAGCGGAUGCUAUAAAAUAUAUAAUGACAUUCCGGUCACUACUGCCCAAGGAGUUCCUCAUCACUGCCUUCCCUCUAUUGAUUGAGCACAUAUCUGGUCGCGGUGUGGUGUGUACAUACGCGGCGUGUACGGUGGAGAAGUUGGUGGCUGGUGGUAUGGUGCCCCGCCCCCUGCUGGAGCCCCACGCGCCGAAGCUCCUCUCCGCCCUCUUCGGAGCCCUAGGAGAUAACACUGAUCCCGCUGAUCAUAAUGAAUAUGUUAUGAAAGCUAUCCUGCGCACACUAUCAGCACUACAAGAUUCAGCUCUGCCGUUCGUUGGCGAUGCUCUGCCGAAAUUGGCUCGUAUGCUGUCAGUUGUGGCCAAGAAUCCCUGCAAGCCGCAUUUCAAUCAUUUCCUAUUUGAAACACUGUCUUUAUCUGUCUCAUUAGUAACGAAAUCGAAUCCAAACGCAAUAUCUGCCUUCGAAGACGCACUCUUUCCUAUCUUCCAGGAGAUUUUACAGAACGAUGUACAAGAGUUCAUGCCGUAUGUAUUCCAAAUGCUCUCCCUCCUGUUGGAGUUGCGAGGUAGUACUGGUGGUGGUGGUGAAGGAGAGGCAUAUGGAGCACUGCUGCCUUGCCUGGUGGCGCCCCCGCUGUGGGAGAGGCCGGCCAAUGUGCGCCCACUUGUGCGCCUUCUUUGCGCCUACGUCGCUGUUAGGACUGAACUAGUGCUUAACUCAGGGAAACUGAAUGCGAUGCUGGGAGUCUUCCAAAAGCUGAUAGCGUCAAAAACUAACGACCAUGAGGGUUUCUAUCUCGUACAGACCAUGUUAUAUAAAUUUGGAAGUUCAGUGAUGGAUCAGUACUCGAAGCAGAUAAUAACUCUAUUAUUUCAAAGGCUGUCGUCUUCAAAGACCACGAAGUACGUUCGCGGUCUCAUCGCCUUUCUAGGCUUUUACGCUGCACACUUCGGAGCUGAUACCCUCGUCAAUCUUAUUGACUCUGUGCAAGCAAAUAUGUUCGCGAUGUAUACGGAGCGUGUGUUGAUCGCGGAGUUGCAGCGAGUUUCUGGUGCACUUGAACGUAAAGCAGCCGCCGUCGGAUGUGUCAAGUUACUCUGCGAGUCUGAACACUUCCGCACGGGGGCGCUGGCGGCGUACUGGCCUAAACUGUUGCAGGCGCUGAUCUCGUUGUUUGAACUACCGGCGGAUGAGAGUUCUCUGCCGGAGGAUCACUUUGUAGAGGUGGAUGAGCCUGUUGGCUAUCAGGCGCAGUACGCACAGCUCGCCUGCGCACGUAACGCAGCUGAUGACCCACUUGCUGGUAUCGAUGAUCCGAAGCGCUACCUAGCGGAGAGUCUGGGCAAUAUGUGUCGUCAAUGGCCGGACUUGGUGCCGGCGCGAGUUGCAGCUCUCGAACCUCCGCACAGACACGCGCUACAAACUUAUCUCAAUGCUUACAGCGUACAGAUAUGUUGAGCAUUUAUAAUUAUUACAUACCAUAACUUAUCACUUACCAUAACUUACCCUAACUCAUCAUAUAAUGAGCAAUGUUACAGCACAAACUGAAGUCUUGCUGUGACAAGUAUGUGUUUUAUUUAACCGUGAAAUAUAUU